GCCGCAGGAGAGAACUUUCCACGCAUUUCGAUUGGGACUGGUCCCCCGCAGCUCGGGCGUCUUCACAUUACUUUCUUAGUUAUGUGGCAUCACCGGCGACGAGCGGCGACGAGAAGAGCCAGCGAAAUCCAUAAUCUCCAAGUCAAUGGGUGCAUACGACAAGUGACGGUGGAGCGAUGGCUAGAAGAGGUGGCCCGUACGGACAAUGGUGAACGGCCGCAGCAGCACUACGCUCAGGAACCUUGUUCCAUCUGCCUCUCAACUCUCCUCUUAGCGUCGUCGUCUUCGUCGUCUCAAGACACGCUACCGUCGUCUCCAGAACCAGCCUGCAUCCUCCCUCCUCCUCAUCCUCGUUCGACUCUCCACAGUCACGAUACACUUACCCCUGACGCUGACCCUCCUUCCCUACUCGAAUCAGGUCGGAUCCGGUACCACUGCCGAACCCGCAGCGUUCUCGUCCUGAAUCAGUGCAAUCACGCGUUCCACGCUUCCUGUCUUGCGUCAUGGUUCACCUACGGCCAGUACAAGUGUCCAAUCUGCCAGACGGUGUACCUCCCCACCACUGCCGGGUAAUUUCUCCCCUCUUCUCGGACUCUCAUUGCUGAUCAUGGAGAUUGAUUGCGACAUGGCUGGAUCCAUGGGUUUUUUCUUGGCGCCUUAUUCGGGCCUUGGGGGUUGUUUUACGUUGUUUUACUCUUUUUUUUUUUU